AUGCGGGUAAUAUAUUAACAAAAUCUGCAAUUUAGGGUUUUCUGGAAUGAAAAAUGUGCUGUACCUGUAGAUUUUUUGGUUUUGUUGUUGCCAUUGCUUAUAUCAUCAUAGGACUAGUGGCAUUAGUUAGUUUCACAACAAGUGGUAUGAAUGAUGACAAGUUAGUGGACGAUAUAGUUUCUAUAGUGGUUCCAAUUUUUAUCGGUUGUCUUUCUAUCGCUGGUUUACUGUCCAAGAUUAUCUGGCUUUACAUUCCAGUCAUGGCUUCAUCUUUGGUUUCAGCUGCAUAUGUUAUCUACGCAUUAACUGUGUUCGGAGGAUCCCAUAUUUUACCAAGAUUUACAUAUGCACAGAUCAUUGACCUCAAUAAGAUGCAGUUCUCAUCUUUGAUUUUGACUCUUGUUUUAAAUAUAUUGGCAAUAUUAAGCUUUGGUGUUAUAUUCUAUGGAGACUGUAAACGGAAAAGAUUCAUGAUACUUACAAGAGAGGUAAUUCUCCAUCUUCCAUCUAGCAAUGUUGAGAAUAUCAUUCUUGGGUUCAUCUUGUGUGGUCUGCUAUUAAUCAGAUGUAGCUUCAGACUGAAGCAUGAGUCCAAUAAUGAUGCUCUAUCUGCUAGAUUAUCCUACACUGCAGCUGCAGCUCCAGCAACUCAUAGGAACCAUAGAACAGUAUUUAUAAUCUAGAAACCUUAAGAGAAAUGUAUUUAUAAUCUAAUAUUUAUUAAAAAUAUACUUCUUAAAAUAAAAAAUGUCAAGCUA